GGGACUAGGGAGUACAUGUAAAUUAAACUUAGCAGAAACUAAGUAUAAAUUCCAUGAAGUUUGCUAGCCUAUGCAUAAUUCCAACAGAAAAAGUGUUCCUGACUUUUUAUUAGCAUAAUUCCCUGGCCAUAUUUCUCCUCUAUCUUUCAUCAACAGUCAACACUGAGGUGAAGAGUAUCUAGAUGGCAAGCUUUUACCUCCAAGGCCCAGCUAUUGUUAGAAGUUUUGCCCUGUCUGCUUCAUCCAAUGGAUCUCCUGCGACGACUCAGCGAGUUGGACCAGUGGUGUUGGAACUUCCAUUAGCUAAAAUACGGAGACCACUAAUGCGUACAAGAGCAAAUGAUCCACAAAAGGUCCAAGAACUCGCGGAUAGCAUCAAGGAGAUUGGUCUUCAAGUGCCUAUUGAUGUUCUGGAGGUUGAUGGAGUGUACUACGGUAUGUCGAUGUUUCUCUGGUUGCCACCGUUACGAGGCGCAUCAGCAGUUAGGGCUCCCAACAAUACGCUGCAAGGUCCGGCGUGGAACAAAAGAAACCUUAAGGCAUCAUCUUCGUUAAAGCCGGUGGAGUAAUUUACAUCUUGGAUUUUCAGCAAUAUUCUCUGCAUUAUUAACUAAUUGCCAUAGUAGCUGCACGAAAUAUAUACAUGAUGGAUAUCAUGAUUAUCAGUAGUUGGCCAAAACAGAGAAAAAGAACAAGGGUCAAUGUUCAAGCAAGGAGAUGCUUAUUUAUACCUGUACCAAUAAGCAACAUUUGAUCUCUGUACCAAUAGAAUUUGAUACAAUGAUUAAAUGAUAACACUACUCCAAACUUAUAGGAGUAAGUAGGGGCUUGUUUGAAAAGAAAGCUUCCAGAUUUGCUACCAUAAUAUCUUCUGCAGCAUUAAAGGAUUCCGGAGUCAAGACAGCUCGGUGAGAAGACAGAACCACAUUCUCUAAACCAAACAGUUCUUUAGGAACAUUAGGCUCGUCUUCAAACACAUCAAGACCAGCUCCACCAAUUUUACCUUCCACCAAAAACUGCACCAACUCAGUCUCUUUGAUUAGAGCACCUCGUCCAAUGUUAAUGACAACGCCUUCCUUCCCUAACGCAGCCAAGACGUCCUUGUUGAUCAUGUGGUGCGUUUGGUCGGUUAAUGAGCAGCAAAUGAUCAGGAUAUCGCUUCCACGUGCCAAUUCGGAGACAUUGGCAUAGUAUGGGAGAGAAACCGAGGGUUUCUUUUGCCUAGAGUUGUAUGCAAUGUUGCAACCAAACGAAAUAAGUCUCGUUGCAACCCGAGAACCAAUGCUUCCAAGGCCAACUAUGCCUACUCGCUUUCCACGCAACUACAAUUGAAAAUUAUCUAGUUAUUGAACUGUAUCAGCAAGUAUUCUUCAGAGAUAUAUGGACAGAAGUAUAGUAAAUUA